GUAGCGCCAGGACUGCGCAUGCGCAAUUUGAUGCACCAGCUGGUCCAAUCAGCUAUUUGAGCAGGCGCCAAAACAACAAACCAGGAAGCUCUCACAAGAUGGCGACUGCCUUUCCGGAGAUCACUUCAGUCACUGCAGAGUCGGAGGAAGAAACAAAUGAAACAAAUGAGAAAACUGUUGAAAAUGUUGCUAGUCCAGAGUCCUACGUCAAGCAUCCAUUGCAGAACAGAUGGGCUCUUUGGUUUUUCAAGAAUGACAAGAGCAAAACGUGGCAAGCAAACCUUGGUCUCAUUUCUAAAUUUGACAGCGUGGAGGACUUCUGGGCGUUGUAUAACCAUAUCCAGCUGUCAAGUAACUUGACAUCGGGAUGUGACUAUUCGCUGUUUAAGGAUGACAUCGAGCCCAUGUGGGAGGACGAGCGGAACCGGCGAGGCGGCCGCUGGCUGAUCACGCUGUCCAAGCAGCAGCGCAAGUCAGACCUGGACCGCUUCUGGUUAGAGACGCUCCUGUGUCUAGUGGGCGAAGCUUUCGACGACCACAGCGACGACGUGUGCGGCGCAGUCAUCAACGUCCGUGCUAAAGGAGACAAGAUCGCGAUCUGGACCACAAACUAUGAGAACAAGGAGGCAAUCACGCACAUAGGCCGCGUGUACAAAGAGAGGUUAGGCAUUCCGCCCAAAGUGGUCAUCGGGUACCAGUCUCAUGCCGACACGGCCACCAAGAGCGGCUCCACCACCAAGAAGAAGUUUCUCGCCUGACCACGUCGGCGUGGCUCGGAGAAUCCUCUCCCCCCUCCGUGAAUGUAUGACAGGUGGACACACGCCGGCGUGCCGCCUGUUGGUUUGUAGUCGCUCGGCCAAAGUGUUUGGAGGCGAGUGUUGCACUCUCCGUGAAGAGCAGUAUUAUGUUUGCUGAAGUGGGCAGAGGGACGAGAGAUGUUUUGAUGCCCGUUUGUUUUGGUUAAUGCAGCUGCAUAUUCAAGAGUCUUUUUGUUUCCAGGGCCACAUCUCAUAUAAGUCUUUAAAUCUUGUACAAAGUGUGAAUACUUUCAAAACAAAACCUAUUUUUUUACAAGAGCAGAUGGAAUAUAUUAUGAAAAUCACCAGCGGUGCUUGUGUAAUGUUGUGAAAUAUUUAAGUUGACGUCUUUGCCAAUGACAAAUAGUUAUUUGUGUUUUUGAUGAAUUUAUUGCGUUACAGUCCUAAUUAUUCAGAUGCCUUUUUUGUGUUUUGUUCAGGUGCGCCUUACAAAAUGUGAGUUCUAUUUUCAGAAUGACCUCUGACCCUGAAGUACUACCUGUGGCUCUGAACAGUAAAUGUGCAAUCAUUAA